ACGAAAAUCCCUGCAUAAGAGAUGGAGAUGGCCUCCACUUGCAGCAGCGAUCGUGUCUUCCUUGAUCUAGAGUUGCUUCUGAACAGAUUCCGAGACCGGUAUGUUCCGUACGAUGUUCGUGGUUCAAUCAAACACAUGAAAUUUCUCAAAACAUUUCUUAUGUGUGCUAGAAAGUGGAGCCAAAGCAAUGAUUUGUACUUGGAAUCUGACAAUAUUGUGAAGAAGGUGAGUCUUCCAUCUUUCUUAUCUUGCAUCGAAGAUACCUUUCACGAAUAUGAGGAGGAUAUUCGCUCUCUUUCCCUUAGAUCAGAAACGGACAAAUAUGGAGUGUUCCUUGAAAUUGAGAAACAGAUCAAAUUACUUAAGCAACAAAUCAUCCAAAUUUACUUUGCUUUGGCAAGCAGCAGGUCAUUGCAAUCAAAUUCUUGUAUGACAGAUGAUGAACUGUUGGAAUUCAUAGACCUCAUCCUCCAAAAUCUAGCAGAUUUGACGAAUGGCUAUAUGGAUCGGAACAUUAGUGAAUCGUCUAUUUCUGCUGCUUUGAGUGCUCGAGUCCAAGCCCUUGAAGCAAAGCUGACAUUCUUGAAAAGCUUCAUUCCCUUUGCCAAAAUGCGAGGAACUGCAGAUAUUCCUGCCUCGCUAUUGGCGCACUUUGAAGUGGUGGCUUUGAACGCAGCACGCCUCUCUUACAUGUGCUCUUAUUGGGAUGAUGCUGAGGAAAUGCACAAUCCUCAGUUCUACUCCAUGAUAUAUGAUCAACAACAGAAGAUCAGAGCUGUUGAUUUUCAUGUCUAUGAGACUUAUAUGGAAGUGCUUAGAGCUUCAUACUGCUCAGCAUCAUUACAUACACCAAUGGUGCAUGAUAAGCAGAUAUUGAACAACUUCAAUGAUUCUCUUAUAAGUUGUCUCUGGGAGCUGUUAUGCUACAGUUUAAGUUUUAUGGAUUCUAUGAAAGAUGAAAUGCACAUGCUCUAUGCUGGACUGAGAUUCUUGAGAAGCAUUUUAAGGGAGCAUCAGGAGAAAAUGGAUGAACAAAAUGAAAAAAUUGGAGCUUUCCUUAGUGAGGCAGGGAUUAUAAUACUCUCGCCCACUCUGAACAGAGUGAUAGAAGGAGAAGUUAGCUUCUUAGAAUCCACCGUGGUUCUUGAUUUUUGUGAUAUGCUAGCCAAUACCAACAUCAAUCUUAAGCAUUUUAAGGAUCAGAUCAGUGGCUCAAGCACUAUAGAGAGUCUUCCUAAUUCCUCUCAUAGCUUAAGUGUACAACAUGUUUGCAAGGCUUCCAGGCACAUGCCAUCGAAAGGAAAAAUGCCAAUAGCCCAUGAAGUCAUGGUUGGUCUUGAUGAUGAGGCAGAAAAAGUAAUUGAACGACUUGUAAGCGGAACAGAACAGGUGGAAAUUGUUCCCAUUGUGGGAAUGGCUGGGCUUGGUAAAACAACUUUAGCCAAAAAGGUUUACAAUGAUAAUUCAAUUAUCUAUAACUUCCACAUUCGCCUUUGGUGUACUGUUUCUCAAGAAUAUAACAAGAAAAGCUUGUUAACACAAAUUUUGUGCUCUGAUGGAAAACACUCUAGGAUGGAUGACUUGAAUGAAGAUGACUUGCUUCAAAAGCUCUAUCAAAAGCUGAAGAGGAAUAGGUAUCUUGUUGUUCUUGAUGAUAUCUGGGACUUUAGGGCAUGGAAUGAGUUGAGAUAUUCAUUCCCAGAUGAAAUGAAUAGAAGUAGAAUCAUCUUCACGAGUCGAUCUUCUAAUGUGGCUUCACAGGUUGAAUAUGGGGGGAAACCUCACUAUCUUCGCCCGCUCAGUGAGAAAGAAAGUUUUGAAUUACUGCAGAAGAAGGUAUUUGGAAAAGAAGAUUGUCCUCAGGCAUUGCAUGGGUUGGGAAUGGAGAUUGCCGAAAAGUGCAGGGGAUUGCCACUUGCACUUGUUGUUGUAGCUGGAGUCCUAGCAACUAUAGAGCAUGAUAUUUGUGUUUGGGAAGAAUUUGCUGAAAGUUUAACUUUGACCAUGGUGUCUGGUGCAGACCAGUGCAAGAAGUCGUUGGAGCUCAGUUAUGAGCAUUUACCAUAUCACUUGAAGGAAUGCUUGUUGUAUUUUGCUGCAUUUCGAGAAGAUGCAAAAAUUGGUGCCAAGAAUUUGAUGCAUCUAUGGAUUGCAGAAGGGUUUGUGGAAAAAAUUGAAGGAAAGAGAUCAGAGGUCAUUGCAGAAGAAUAUCUGAUGGAUCUUAUUGGUCGAAACUUAGUUAUGGUAAGUGAAAGCAAAUCCAUUGGUGGAGUCAAAACUUGUUACAUUCACGAUCUGAUACUUGAGUUCUGUAAGACAGAGGCAAAGGCAAAGAAUUUUCUUCAGGUUCUGCGAGGAUAUGAUGAGCUUUCCACAUUUAAUGAGCAUCCCAACCCACCUCGGUUGUCCAUUUGCUCCAGUCGAGAAGAUUUUAUAAAGUCAAGGCUAUUUUGUCCACAUUUAGGUAGUCUGCAGCUAUUCCAUGAUGAGACUUCAGCACAUCCUCAUUGGCUUAAUAUCUGCUUCCUUUUCUGCAUCUACAAACAUCUGAAGGUUUUGAAGUUAGAAGGCAUUUACCUAAAAAUAAAGGAGCUUCCGACUGAAAUCGAAUCACUUCUUUGUUUGAGGUACUUAGCCUUUCAAGCUCUGCACAUGAAAUUCAUUCCACCUUCUAUAGCCAAGCUCUCAAAUUUGGAAACCUUUUGUCUAAGAUCUACUGAGACGGUUUCAUUGCCAGAUAGCAUCUGGAACAUGAAGAAGUUGAGUCAUGUACACGUAUGGGAUGGCUGCUUUGUUUUUCCUCUUUCUUCCAAUGACAACGUUCUUGAAAACCACUCCACUUUACCCAAUUUAGACACACUCUGCGAUCUGUAUCUUUCUUUUGAUCAAGCAGAGAACUUAUUGAGAAGGAUUCCCAACAUUCGCCGUCUUGCAAUUUCCGAUGGUCAGACUGGAAAUGGAGUGUUGAACAUGAGUCGACUAGAAUGUCUAGAAUCACUCACCUUAGAUGUAGGCUGCUGCUCUGGUCCUCGGGGUCAUUUUGAGCUUUCUUUUCCCAUGAAUUUGAAAAAGUUGUCUCUUUUCUGUUUGGGUCUUCCCUGUAGUGAAAUGUCAUUGAUUGAACAACUUCCCAAUCUUGAGGUCCUCAAAAUAGGAUGCUAUACAUUGGACGGCGAAAGAUGGGAGCUGAUGGAAGGAGGUUUUCCUAAACUCAGGGUCUUGACUUUGUCCGAAUUAGACAUUGUGGAGUGGACAGAGACAGACCCUGACAGUGAUGAUUACUUCCCGUGCCUUCAGCAAUUAAAACUCGACCAAAUUAGACAUUUGGAAAUGGUGCCUGCUUGUUUAGGGCGUAUAUCAACUCUUGAAACAAUUAAGAUGGAGAGAUGCAGGAAUGAUGUCAAAUCUUUGGUAAUGGAAAUUGAAGAAGCACAGAAAAGUUAUGGAAACGAGAAUCUGAAGAUCAUUUAUGAAACAUAUUGAAGGGCAUCAGCUGGUGCAGUAUCAGGGAUUUUCUUAAUCGCUUAUCCAUGUGGUCUGGCUUUCUUUGGCGUCAUUGUGGGAAGAUAUGGCUCUUUUCUUUUCAAGAUAUGGUGGAAAGAAUCAAUGUAUUUGUACACCGUGCACCAUUUUAUCAGUCUGCGCAGCAUAAAGGUUAAUCAAAUAUUUUGCUGUUGGUAUGGAAGAAGAAAACAGUAGAAGAAACAUAUAUGUGUACGUAUUUUGUGUAAUUUUUGAGUUACUGAAUUUAUUGAUUUGUCGUGUGCAAUAGCUUUUCA